CCUUUUGUCUCCCCCUCCCCUUCCCCUUCCCCCUUCGUCAUCAACUGUUUUCCACCCACAGAAAAGAGGGGUUCCUGUUUAAUUAGAGUAUCGGGUUUUACUUGUGACAGUCUAAAAUGAUUGUUGACACAAGAUUGCGAGGUUAUAUAAAACUAAAAUGCUGCGCCUCAACGUGAAGCUCUUGCUUUUCCUGGUGUUUGGUUUGGUGUUCGUCGCAACAUGGUCCUUGUGGAAUCGCUGUCUUGAUGGUCUUCAUGCGCCUGGCUGGGACAACAAUUUCAAACAUAAUGGAGACGGACCACUUCAGGAUGUAUUCUCAGGAAACUCCCCUGUUGCUGAACGGCAAACCAGUGAAUUGCAGGGAUAUGAAGAGAUUGACUGUCUUAUUAAUGGAGAUGUAGCACUUAAAUGCCGUAAAGAGGGAGAUGAAGUGUAUUUGCCAUUUUCUUUUAUUCAUAAAUACUUUGAAGUUUAUGGUAAAUUAGCCACUUAUGAUGGAUAUGAACGAUUUGAGUGGUCUCAUAGCUAUUCUAAGGUCUUUUAUCCCAAGGCAAAAUAUGAACCUUGGGGGGUCUUCAUGUACUUUGAAAAUUAUAAUGUAGAGGUUAGAGAACGUGUGAAGUGCUUAAGCGCAACUGAAGGAGUUCCAGUUUCUACGCAAUGGGAGAGUGGUGGUUAUUAUUAUCCCACCCAAAUAGCGCAAUUUGGCCUCUCUCAUUACAGCAAGAAUCUGACAGAGCCAGAACCUCGCCGUAAAGUUCUUGAAGAUGGAGAUAGAGAUCUAGCUCAUUGGCAGGCCUCUGGAUCAUCGACCUUUACUCGUACACAUGAUCCUGAAGUAAACAGUGUUGUUAUUCAGUUCCAAACAUCAGUUGGUGGAUCUAUUUCUCUCAAAUUGGACCAUGUAUUAGACUUUGUGUUGAUGAUGGAUAUAAAAUUCUUAUCCAUGAACAGCAGUGUGACUGUUGCUCUGCAAAACAGAGAAAGCAGGCAAUUGUGGAGACUACACUAUGUUUGUUCUCUUCAGCUAAUUUACACACAGGAUCAAGAUAUAUUUCAUGGUAUGGCCUGUGAUGAUAGUGCUCCAUGGCAUACUCUUAUCAGAGACUUGGUGGUAGACUUGCAGAAAGGUCUUCUCAUUCAAAACAGAGGGAAACGCAAAUUGCCACGGUCUAAACUGAAGGUGGUUGGAAUAGCCUUGCGUGGGUGGGGUAAAGUGGAUAAUGUAAGCCUCUCCACUAGUGAACAUCUUGCCCACUUUUAUGAUGCCGCCCAAUGGUUUGUGAAGCAUCAGGAUCCAAAUACAGGGGGCUGGGCUAAUCCAGUUAAGCGACGUGUAGCAGCAGGAAUGCAGGACCUAGAACCUGGCUGGUAUUCUGCAAUGGGGCAAGGACAUGCAAUAUCAGUUCUUGCUCGAGCCUAUCACCAUUCGGGUGGUGAUCCACAAUACCUUCAGGCAGCAAUCAAUGGUUUGAGGCCUUUCAGAGUACCCAGUGAUGAGGGAGGAGUUCUUGCUUCAUUUCUCAAAAAGUUCCCAUGGUAUGAAGAGUACCCUACCAAGCCUGCAUCCUUUGUACUAAACGGUUUCAUUUACUCUUUACUUGGUCUCUAUGACCUCAAGACUAUAGCACCUCCAGCCCAGUCAAAAGAAGCCUCUGUUCUCUUUGAGCAAGGCAUGGUCUCCCUAAAAAAUCUCUUGCUCUUGUUUGACACUGGUGCUGGCACAUCAUAUGAUCUAAGACAUUUUACACUGGGCACUGCCCCAAAUUUGGCAAGGUGGGACUAUCAUGCAACUCAUGUCAAUCAGCUUCUUUUAUUAGCUACUAUAGACAAAGACCCUCUGAUUGAGGUAACUGCCAGACGCUGGAUUGGCUAUAUGAAUGGGAAGCGGGCAGCUCACAAUUAAUAGUUCAGUGUGUUAUACUUAGUUUAUUGUUAGUUAAUUCUUCACUCUGCAAGGUUCCGAAGUGGCACUGAAUUUUGCUCUUGUUAAAUUUAUUUAAUGUUAUUCUUCAAUUUCAAAAUUUUAAGUUAGCUUAAGUUAGGUGUUGUGUUUUUCUUUGCUUUCUGGACAUUGUCAAAUUUUUACAAUUUUUAUCUAUGCAUAAAAUUUUACUGUUAGUAGAGUUUUAACAGUAUUACAUCUUUCUCCCUAUCAAAGUCAAAGUUUUUGUGUUCUGUUCUUCAGUAUUUUGUUUCAUGUUGCAUUUGUGAGCAUUAUGACAUUACAUUCCAAUCUAAUGAGGCUAAGUUAUUAAUCAAUGGAAGUAGAAUUUAGAGCUAUCCAUUACAAAAGGAUAUCUUGUUAAUGUUUUGUGUGUCAGUAGCUUGUUUCUGCACAUCAGUCAUCAGAACAAAAUAUAGUUUUGAGUCAUGUACUAACAACUACCCAUGAAGCAGCUUGUAGUGUUUGUUGGCACUAUUGUUUGCUCUUCUUAAUAUUUUUAUUCAAAUUCUGAGUUACAGUUUUUGGCCUAGUAGUGAUGGACUACUUUGCAUGUUAAAGCAUUUUUUUGAAACUUUUUUUCGUCUUCAGUGUGUACUUAAUUCAUUUUUAAAAAGUGAUUUUUUAAAAAAAAAGAUGCCUGCAAUGCCUGUGAUGGAAACAUACACCUUUUCUUUAUGGGGUAUUUUCAAGUGUGAUGAAUGAUUAUUAAUUGGAGGGAAAUGUUAUCUUGUUUGUUUCAUGUAAGCCGAUGGGCAGGUCCCAUUUCUUUUUGUUAAGAACAUUGAGAUACUCCUUUCUAGGAACUAGAACUGAUUCUCCUGUUACUUUUCUAGGGUUAAGGAAGGUUUUCAGUCUCUUAUCAUCAUUAUAUGUAUUUGCUUGAAAUGUCACCAUCCCUCCAAUCAAAGUACUGUAUACCUAUACAGAAUCUGCCAGAACUUAAUCUGGACGGUUAUGGUUUCUCUCUUCUUGUGUGUGAAAAUAUCUUAAAUAGAUGGCCACUAAUGAUGUUUUAUUUGGAUAUUUGUUGUGUUCAAUCUUAAAGGACUCUGUGAUGGUGGCUUUUGUUUCUGCUGUAUUCUAUUUGCUGUUUUAGUGUUAGUAUAAAUACUUCUGUAUUUUUGUAUUCCUUGUAAAUGUUUUACAGUGAUUUGUUAUGGUUCAGUUAGUCUUGUUUGCUGUUUUCUGAAAAUGCCUUGGAAGUAACUUUUGUUAAUCAUAAUAAGUUUUAUUUUAAUCAGCACUAAUGUUGUUGGGUUUUGUUACUUGGUACUGUUUGAAUUUGUAACAGCACUUAAUCCAGCACAAAACUUUUUUAUAAGAUGUUGCUUUUGGAGAAGUAAACUUUCAACACACCAGUGUACAGUAGUGAGUAGAAGUGAGUAGGCUGGGUUGAUCUGAAACUAUUGCUCUAUAGUACUUACUUCCUAGAAUUUAACUUCAACUGUGUGACAGUAGUAUUGCCUGUUUAGUCUAAAAUUUUACUAAUUACAGUACUCAUGUAAGACUGGCGUUUAGAAAGGAUUGGUGAUUUUACCAAUGUUAAAGCAUUAGAAUAACAUUCAUUCUUGCCAAACCAGAGGUUUGAAAAGCUUUCCCUGUGAUAGUGAUUUAGUUGUUUAGUUGUGGAGUGACAAUAAAGGGCUUCAGUGUAGGAGUGGACCAUGUAUGAGUCUAUUGCUCAUGGUGCAGCAAUGCAGCUUUAUUAGGUACUUGGUACUAUGUGAAAUGCUGUGCAUUUAGUGACACUGUUGGUGUUGGUGAUCAUUCUGUCUCUUUUUUUUCCUGUCUUUUUCUCUUGUUUUGUUGUAGAGCACAGACUGAUGCUGUUGCACAACUAAGUCUUUCACACAAACUAGAAUCAGUAAAGUCCAUUUAAUGUGCACUGUUUGUCAUGCAUUUUACUUUUAGAGGGCAUUUUAAUGACUUAAUCCUCACCAUCUUUCUGUCAUUGGAGUGUAUUUUUAUCUUAUUUUUCUUUCAAACUACCAUUAAUAUUGAUCUCCGUAUCUGUGUGCCAUAACAUGCUGUACACACCUCUCAUCAUACGUAUCAUUUUGUGUGUACCGCCAAGACGUAUUUCAAUGUGUUUGUCAUCACAUUCUGUGUGCAAAGCAGUCUUACAUUUUUAAGUUCAAAUUGAAACAAAUUAGAAAUAAUGAAUGUGUUUUAUGGGAACUUUUAAAAAAGAUCAGAAUUGGUAACAUGUAAUCAAUAAAUUGUCAUGCUUAACCAGA